GUAAUUUCGUGUUCCGAAUCCUUCGGUAUUAUUAUUCCAGGUUAGCUAAGGUAAUAAGCAAUCAGAUACUGCUGUUAGUUUGCUUAGUUUGGUUCCCGGUUUAUAAAAUUUAAGUGUUUUUUUUGCUUUCUUUAUUCAUUUUUCACUUGUUUGCCAUCACGCUGAUUAUUGAAUAAAUUUUGAUUGAAGUAUCGAUUACAGGUGAUUUGAAACUAUUUAGGUCAUUCUGGUAUAUUCCUAGUUGAGUACAUUUUCAAGCAUUAUGUAUACUAGAUCAAUACAACUAGCUAAGGGCUGUAUCUCCGCUCGUCGGGGGUUGGCUACUGCCACAGUUCAGUGCAAAACUUCAGUUCGUCAUUUCAAUAAAGCUAGUUCGAGCUCUUUAGCUACCAAUUCAACCAUUCCUAACCCGGGAGAACUUCACAGAAGUACUCCAAUUGAACCACCGGUGGCAACUCCACCGGAGGGUUCCAGUAUUAGUUUGAAGAGUGCUAAUAGAGAUGAAUCCCAAUUUGGUACAAGACCAAUCUAUUUGGAUGUUCAAGCUACCACUCCAACUGAUUUCAGAGUUUUGGAUAAAAUGUUGGAAUUUUUCACUGGUCUUUAUGGUAAUCCACAUUCCUCGACUCAUGCUUAUGGUUGGGAAACUGAAAAAGAAGUUGAAAAAGCCAGAAAAUACGUUGCUGAUGUUAUUAAAGCUGAUCCAAAAGAAAUCAUUUUCACUUCUGGUGCUACAGAAACUAACAAUAUGGCAAUUAAAGGUGUUCCCCGUUUUUAUAAAAAAACAAAAAAACAUAUCAUCACCACUCAAACUGAACAUAAAUGUGUGUUGGAUUCUGCAAGACAUAUGCAAGACGAAGGCUUUGACGUUACCUACUUAAAGGUUAAUGAAGAAGGCUUAAUCAACUUGGAUGAAUUGCGUAAUGCCAUCCGUAAAGAUACCUGUCUUGUUUCAAUCAUGGCGGUUAAUAACGAAAUUGGGGUUAUUCAACCUUUGAAAGAAAUUGGUAAAAUUUGUAGAGAGAAUAAAGUUUUCUUCCAUACUGAUGCCGCUCAAGCUUAUGGUAAGAUAGAUAUCGAUGUUAAUGAUAUGAAUAUUGAUUUAUUAUCUAUUUCUUCCCAUAAAAUUUAUGGUCCUAAAGGUAUUGGUGCUGCUUACAUCAGAAGACGUCCAAGAGUCAGAUUAGACCCAAUCAUCACCGGUGGUGGUCAAGAAAGAGGUUUAAGAUCAGGUACUUUAUCUCCUCCUUUAGUGGCCGGUUUUGGUGAAGCCGCUAGAAUUAUUUCUGAAGAUAUGAAGUACGAUCAAGCUCACAUCACAAGACUUGCAGAAAAAUUAAAAGCUGGUUUAUUAAGUAUUCCUUCUACUCAAUUUAACGGGGUCCUCAGUGAUCCAUCUAAACAAUACGAUGGCUGUGUUAAUAUUUCUUUUGCUUACAUUGAAGGUGAAUCACUUUUAAUGGCUUUGAAAGAUAUCGCUUUAUCUUCCGGUUCUGCUUGUACUUCUGCUUCUUUAGAACCUUCCUAUGUCUUACAUGCUUUGGGUGCUGACGAUGCCUUAGCUCAUUCAUCUAUCAGAUUUGGUAUUGGGAGAUUCACCACCGAAGCCGAAGUUGACUACGUUAUCCAAGCCAUCAAUGAAAGAGUUGAAUUCUUAAGAAAAAUGUCUCCAUUAUGGGAAAUGGUUCAAGAUGGUAUUGAUUUGGAUUCUAUCGAAUGGAGUGGCCAUUGA